UCGAUGACCAAAAAUGGAAGCAGAAUAUGGAAAGACAUCCUCUGUAAACACUCCAUUGAUCAUCGACGACCGUGAAAAACAGUGUGUUGAUGAAACAAGAAAUAAUGGUGGUUUUAGCAAGGAACAGAUUGUUGAGGAAGUGAAGAAGCAAGUAUGGCUAGCUGGACCUUUAGUCAGCGUUACACUUUUGCAGUUUUCUUUACAGCUUAUAGCCAUCAUGUUUGUUGGUCAUCUUGGUGAAUUGCCUCUCUCUGGUGCUUCCAUGGCUACUUCCUUUACUUCUGUUACUGGUAUGAGCCUCUUGAUGGGGAUGUCAAGUGCACUGGACACAUUUUGUGGACAGUCUUAUGGAGCAAAGCAGUAUCAUAUGCUUGGCAUUCACAUGCAGAGAGCAAUGAUCAUACUUUCACUUGUAAGCAUACCUCUUGCAGUCAUUUGGGCAAACACUGGCCCUAUUCUCAAGUUUUUAGGCCAAGAUCCUAGUAUAUCUGAUGAAGCUGGUCAUUAUGCUUUGUAUUUUAUCCCCGGUGUUUUCGCAUACGGUUUGCUCCAAUGUGUUGUAAGAUUCUUACAAACACAAAAUAUCGUCAUCCCUAUGGUGUUAUGUGCUGGAGUUACAACCUUAAUCCACAUCCUUGUCUGUUGGAUUUUGGUCUUCAAGUCUGGACUUGGUGGAAAGGGAGCUGCUCUAGCAAAUUCAAUCUCUUACUGGCUUAACUUCUUGUUUUUGGCUCUUUAUAUCAAGUUUUCUCCUUCAUGUGCUAAGACUUGGACAGGAUUGUCAAAAGAAGCUCUCAAGGAUAUGCUUACUUUCAUUAAACUCGCAAUUCCCUCGGCCAUCAUGGUCUGCUUAGAAAUGUGGUCGUUUGAGCUAAUGGUUCUGCUUUCUGGCUUUCUUCCUAAUCCACAGUUGGAAACCUCAGUGCUCUCAAUCUGUCUUAAUACAGCUGCAACAGUUUGGAUGAUCCCUUUUGGACUCAGUGGUGCUGUGAGUACACGGGUCUCAAAUGAACUAGGAGCAGGUCAUCCUCAAACUGUACGUUUGGCGCUGUAUGUUGUCUUAGCGGUGGCUGUUAUGGAGGGGCUUGUGUUGGGAUUGGUCAUGAUAUUGAUACGUAAUGUAUGGGGAUAUGCUUACAGCAAUGAGACUGAAGUGGUUAGAUACAUAGCCACCAUGAUGCCACUUCUUGCAACAUCAAAUUUCAUGGAUGGCCUUCAGUGUGUUCUCUCAGGUGCUGUAAGAGGAUUUGGAUGGCAGAAAAUUGGAGCAAUUAUUAACCUUGGAUCCUAUUAUUUGGUGGGAAUUCCUUCUGCUGUCUUGAUGGCUUUUGUUCUUCACAUCGGAGGAAAGGGAUUAUGGUUGGGUGUGAUUUGUGCACUUCUAGUACAAGUGUUGUCUCUUCUUUUCAUUACCCUACGCACUAACUGGGAACAAGAAGCAAGGCAGGCUCAAGAGAGAGUGGAAGAAACAACAUUACCAGUGGAGAUAAUAUACUGAAUGUGCACUUAUAUCCAAAUGAAGUAACUAAACAAAAGAUUUUAGACCUUUUAGACGGUUUAUCGUCUAGGAGAAAUGCAACAACUCUAAUAAAGUUAUGUGGAUCUGCUAUGCAGGGGUGGCUCGACUAUAAGGCCAAUAAAGCAAUUGCUUGCGGCCUCAAUUUUUUUGGGGCAUCAUUAUUUCUGUAUUUUAGAUGUAAACUGUUGUCUCAACCGAAAGAAAUUUUUCAAAAUUAAAAUUGAUAAAAUCUUAUCUAAGAUCAGUAAUGUCUCAAGAGAGAUUGAAUGGAUUAUAUAUAUUAUCAAUUGAAAAGAAAUUGUUAGAACAAAUAGAUUAUAAAACAGUAAUUAAUGACUUCGCAUAUGAAAAAGCUAG